CACAGCCUGCCUCCCAGAGAGCUCAAAAAGACCACGUCUAAUGCAGCAAACAGCAUUCUGAUCCUACAAUUCUACUUAAUUACUCUACAUCAUCAAUAAGAUUUUUAAAGCUGAUCUCAUGUGGGUGGUGGAGAAGAUCCGCAUAUCUGCAGAGAAAACCAAUCUGCUUCUUCCUGUGGCGGAAUACAGCUUAAAACUUGGGGACAUCAUGUUCAGAGAUAAAUUCCCUUCAGACAAAGUCAAGAGAGUCGCCCUGUGUCCCAACAUCAUCACUCCGGACACUAUUCCUGAGUUCUGCAUCCCGCCUAAGAUCUCAACUCCAUCUCACAUUGAGUUAAAGGGUGUGGAAUCAGCCAGGCCAACACCAUCCAUCACCAUAUCGUGCAGUGAAAGGUCCAGUCCAAAGAAAGAAAUGAUAUCAAGAGAGAUGCUCAGCACGCACAUCAUCCAGGUGGAGACUGUAGAUGAUGGACCCUACAACAAAGCCUGCAGUGAUGAAGACAACACCAAUGCAGAUCCACAGAGCCAGGCUGCACUUUCUCUGCCCCACCUGGCGAAAGCCCAGACCUGUUAUGGCUUCUGUACACUCCUGGAGAGCCCGCACACCAGAAGGAAGGAGUCUUUAUUCCACAAUGAUCCCAAUUCUUGUGGAAUUCCUUUGGUUCUGCCCAGAAGCAGGUCCAGUACCUGUUCCAAAUCUUCUUCAGCUUCCAUUUCUCCAGCCUCCACCUCACCCUCAUCUUUCAGUCUGAACUCUUUAACCUCCCGACUCUCUCCAAAAAGUUUUGGCCUGCACAGACAAGGCACACAGGACAGUGACACCACCUCGUCAGCAGAAUCUUCACCUUUCAGCUCCCCUCUCUUGCCCAGAUCGCCCACCAAACCCUCCCUUUUUAAAACACUUAAUCAUGAGAAGCUGCUAUACCGCAAUAUCCGGAAGGCCGCUGUAUCCAGGAACAACUCCCUAUCAACGGAUGAGGCCAGUUCCACAGAUAACAGCCCUAACGUCAUGAGAAGGUCGUCAGAGGUACUUAUUGAGCCUCUUUCCUCUAACUUUGGUCUGGCACCUCCUGCAAUCUUCCCUAUGGACUUGGUUCUGUACAGAGAACGAGUGAUGAAGGAAAGUCUGGUGCCCAUCGGUAGAGAUGGAACUUUACGCCUGUCAGCAGAAUACUGCCCAGAGAACCAGAGGCUACGGGUCCGACUCAUCAGUGCUGAGGGCCUUUACUCUUUCUCUGUGGACCCCAAAAGCAUCAACUGCAGUGUCAGCCUCUCUCUGAUGCCGGGGAAGGUUCAGAAACAGCGCAGCACUGUCAUUAGGAAGAGCCGCAAUCCAAUCUUUAAUGAGGACUUUUUCUUUGAUGGCAUAUCUGAAGAGGAGCUCAGUCAGUGGUCACUGAGAUUUAAAGUGGUCAACAAAAUGUCCACUAUGAAAAGAGACUAUAGUUUGGGCACUUGUGAUCUUCCUUUGAGUAGCAUAGUCACCUUAUAAAAAACUAUCCUGCCAUUGAUAUUUAUUUAAUUUGUUCAUUGUUUAUUAUUUAUGUAUAUAGUUUUAUAUUACCAAAGAUUUUUCUAUUAAAAAAGAUAAAAUCUAA